AUGUCAACAACAACGGUACCGGUCUCUGAUAAUUCUACUUCGCAAGAAGAUAAUCGAUUGGCAUAUGCUCAUGGUACAGUAAUGGCUAUAACAUGGAUGGUUUUUGCUUCGACAGGUAUUCUUUUCGCUCGUUAUGGUCGAUUGUUACGUAUUGGUAGUAAAAGAAAAGUUCUUGGUGAAUUUGUUUGGUUUCAAGCUCAUCGUUUAACUCUUUCUGUGGCUGCUUUUUCUACUCUUCUUGGCUUUUUUCUUGUAUUGGCUCAAGCAACAGGAAGUUGGGUGAGUUUAGAUGACGAUGGACCGUAUGUUGUUGCUCAUUCAAUCCUGGGCAUAAUGAUUGUUGGUUUUGCUCUAAUUCAAAUUUGGAUGGCACUAUUUCGUUGUCAUCCGAUUAGUCGUUUUCGUUUUAUUUUCAAUUGGCUUCAUCGAUCUGUAGGACUCUUAGCUUUUGUUCUUUCCAUUCCGACUAUUUUUCUUAUUAUCAGUACUUUAACUAAUUAUCAAAGUGGUUUAUACAUUGUUAUGUCAAUUUGGACAGGCUGGACUGUUUUCAUUUUCGGUCUAUUUGAAAUUUUGACAUAUCUCAAUCAGAGAAACUCUACAUCUUCAUCAGAACAUACUUAUAGAACUGACAGAGAAUAUGAACUUCGUCCAUCAAGUUCAAUUUCAAAUAACAAUACGGAUAGUGAUCAAGAAGAUCGUUUUAAUCAAAUAAAGUUAAUUCUCCUUGGCAUUUACGUGGUGAUUGCUAUUGCUCUUGUCAUUCCCUUUAUUAUCCUGAUUUGGCAACAGAAUUAA